UUACUGUAUAAAAUAAAAAAACGCCAGUAUUCCAUGACUGAUGCAAAGCCUCAGUAGAGAAACACAGACUUAAAAGACCUAUAACUUGAACAAUUUUAAGACGCUUUGCCCCAGUGGCUUUCUCAAUGAGGAACUACAAUGCCCAGAAUUCUUCCAGAUGCGUAAGCAACGUCUAUUACCCCUACUCUUCGCGACGUCCACUGGGGCUUGUAGUGCGUGAGUGUGCUGGGCACGCUGCCCUAGCCCGGCAUUUUUUCCGGUUUGCUGAGGAUCAGCGCCACGGGAAAGGUGAUGACUCUCGAGUGAAGGCUAAAAACUGUGAUACGAGUAAGGGAAAUUGUAUACUGGAAUGGAAUUUGGAGCCAUCAUAAUGGAAGCAAAAAAUAUGAAGGAAAAACAGUUAUUUUUAUAUCGGCAUAUUGGACCUUGCUACUAGUUGCAAAUGGCUUUAUUUACCCAAGAAAAUUUGUGAUAUAAAUGAAGAUACCUUGUUCCUAGACUUGGUGUUUAUAAAUAUGCUUCGUCUAAAAGCUAUUUGUCCAUUCUCCUGGAGAGUGUUUCAUUUUCGACCCUUCAGUUGUGAACCAUUAAUUAGCCAGAUGGAGAAAUGUAAAGAUGAAGAGCAAGUUUUUGAUCUUAUUGAAAAAAACAAAGCCAUACUUUCAGAAGAGCAAGUGGGAUGUGCAUUUAAUACACUUUGGCAGUUUCAAAAGCAGAAGACCAGCUCGUUAAAAAAUAUUGAAUGUAUCCGAGACCAUCCCCAAUUUCUUACUCUUUACAAUUUAACUGUAAAUAAAAUGGAAUUUAUGAAUGAUGAUAAUCUGGUGAAUGUGUUGUACCUCACAAGACAGUUUGCUGUUGAGGCCCACGACCCACUAGUUGAAGCACUAGUGACUGAGGCUUGGAGAAGACUGGAAAGGUUUGAUAUUCAGGUGCUGUCAAAAUUUUCCUCUUGCCUAGUAGAUCAACAUUUAUAUUUUAGUCCGUUAAUGGGGAAAAUAGCUGAUAUUGUACAUCGGAACUUGGAAACCAUACAGGACUUAAGGUCCUUGUCUGUUUUGAUGGUCAGCAUAUCUUCUUUAACAUCACAACAUUUUCAAGAACAAUUAGUGAACAAAACAGAAUGUCUUUUUGACACCAUAGAUUCUUCCCAGGUCAACAUUGCAAGAAGAAUAGUACAAUUUCUUCGAAAUAUUAAAUACAGUUAUUACCCAUUAUUAGAAAGGUGUAAUAAGAUGUUUUUAAGCAACAUGAACAACCUUGAUUUAGAGUCAAUCAGUAAAAUACUUAGUCUAUACCACUCUCUACAGUUUCAUAGUUUUGAAUUUGUGUUAAUGGCCAAAAAGAGCCUAACCGAAAUGAUUCCUCUAUUUGAUCACCCUGCUAGCUUUGUGAAAUUGUUUGUAGCAUUGGGACCCAUGGCAGGACCUGAAGAAAAGACACAACUUGAAUCAACUAUACUACUGAUGUCAGAGGAGCUGACCGGCCAGCAAGCCCUGGCAGUGAUGGGAGCAAUGGAAGAGAUGGAAACCAGAGAUUCACGUCUGAUCAAAAAAAUUGCUUCAAUUCUGCAUAAGAAUUUGGAUAAUUAUAAACCAAUAGAGUUAUUGAAGAUAAGUCAAGCAUUGACUUGUCUACAUUUCCAAAGUAAAGAGCUCUUUGUGAGACUUAGAGAAUUACUGCUUAGUUACUUGAAAAUUAGUGUCAAACCUAGUGAGAUCUCCGUCCUGGUCUCUGCUAUUUCUAUGCUUCCAUCUCCUCGCCUAGAUGAAGCGGGGAUAUCUCGAAUUGAAGCAGUUUUACCACAGUGUGACCUAAAUGACCUGAAUAGUUUUGCCACAUCUGUUUUGAGAUGGAUUCAGUGUGGUCACAUGUAUCUGGAUAAUACUACUGGAAAACAGCUGAAACUACUUCAAAAAUUAGAUCACUACAGUCAUCAGAGACUACAAAAAUACAACAAUCUGAAUCUGUUAUGGGAAGAACUUAGAUCUUUGAAAGGAGACUGGUUUGCUGAGUCACUUCUUGAAGAUACAAUUGCUACUUUACAGUGUUUGAUGGAUCAAAUUAAUUACAUAAAUGUUGCAGGAAUUGCAUCCUUUAUCUCUAGAAGUAACUACCUCAAUACUUUGCUGCUUGAUAAGAUAGCCUCAGUGGCCCUUCAGCAGAUUGAAAAGAUCCAUCCUUUUUCGAUCUUUUCUAUUAUUCUGCCUUUCAGCAUCUUGAACUAUGAUCCACCUCAAAGGGAUGAAUUUUUUGGAACUUGCAUUCAACACCUUAACCCUUACUUAAGUAUAUUGGAUCCUCUCAUGUUAGUGUUCCUUGGUUUCUAUUUGGCCAUACAUGAAUAUUUUCCAGAAAAUCUCAUAAAGACAAUUUUUAACAUCAAAUUCUUAGGCAGAUUGGAUUCUCAACUUGAACUUUUAUGUUCAUCGCUAAGUACAAGGGUCCAGGUUCGUCUUAUGGAAUUAAAUAGAGCAGUCUGCUUGGAGUGCCCUGAGUAUCAGAUUCCGUGGUUUCAUGACCGCUUCUGUCAACAGCAUUAUAACAAAGAUACUGGCAGCCUGAAUGGAGCACAGCAGCAGAUUUAUAAAAUGUUAGCAGAGGUACUAGGAGGAAUGAAUUGUGUAAAAGCCUCGGUUCUUACACCUUAUUACCAUACAAUAGAUUUUGAGUGUAUCUUGGAUAAAAGGAAAAAACCUCUUCCUUAUGGAAGUCAUAAUACAACUUUGGGAAAAAUGCCAGAAAUGCACUGGGAACCAAAUACCCCAAGAGUUGGAUCAAGGCUGCCACCAGGAACUGAAAGAAUUGCUUUGGAAUUUUUGGAUUUAAGAGCUUUUUGUAAAAAUGUCCCUCAUUUAAAAGGAAAAUCUGCAAUGAAAAAACGACAUUUGGAAAUUUUGGGCUAUCGUGUAAUUCAGAUCCCUCAUUUUGAAUGGAACUCUAUGGUGCUGUCAACAAAGGGUGCUCGGAUGGACUACCUGAGAGAAUGUAUAUUUGGAGAUGGCAAAUCAUGACUGUAAUUUUUAUUUAAACAGUUAUCAUGGUGUGUCACAUAUGAUCUUAUUUUAAUUAAAUCUCCUGACUCAGUUAAAUACUAAUAUAGAAUUGACUGGUUUCAAGGUCAGUCAAAUCCCUAUUAAAAUAAAUACAUAUUUUACAGUAGAAUAUCGUCUCUACUGUCGUGCUGGAAAACUGUUUAAAAUUCUUAAUAUAAAAGACACGUAGCUUUUAAGAAACUUUAAUAGUUUACAAUUCAUCUUUGAGUACAUACUGUGUGCCAGGAGAAUACCUCAGUGAAUGUACCAUAUCUACCAGGGGUGGAGUCAGACAAAAUACAUGAUACUAAGGGUUAUAGAAAAUAAUACAGAGGAGGGUACAGGAAUAUUGUGGGGGGUGUAAUUUUAAAUAGGGUGAUCUGGGAAAGACAAGGUUAUCAUUUGAUGAAGACUUAAGGAGGUGAGACUAUUUGGGGGUAGAGUACUCUAAGCAGAGGGAUGAGUAAGUGCAAAGAUCCUGAGGUACGAAUGUGCCUGGCAUGUUUGAAAAUAACAAGUAAUCUAUUGUGUCUAGAACAGAACAAGUGGGUUGGAAGCAUAUUAGGAGACAAGUCACACUUAAAUGCUCUCAUGGCUACUCUGAGACAAGAGGCCAUUGGAGAAUUUCUAACAAAGGAGUAAAGAACUCACAUUUUAACUGGAUCACUGUGACUAUUUUGUUGAGAUGAGAAAAGACUGCAGUGGGGCAAGUGUAUAAGCGGGGAAACCCAUGAAAAGGUUAUUGCAAUAAUCCAGACAGGAAAUGGGUGGUGGCUUGUACAGAGUGCUGGCAGUGGAGGUAAUGAGAAGUGGUCGUAGUUUUAAAUGUAUUGUGGAGGCAAAGGCAACAGAAUUUGCUCAGUGAUUGGCUAUGAGGUAUGAAAAAAAAGCGGGGGUUAAGGAUAGUUCUACAUGUUUGUCCUGAGCAACCAAAAAGAUGACAUUGCCAUCGACAGAGAUGGGGAGGUCCACGAGGAGAGGAAGUGGAAGUGUUGGUUGUGGUGGUGAGGAUUACAAGUUUGGUUUUAGACAUGUGGAGUUUGUGGUGCUUUUUAAAUAUCUAAGUGGAGAUGUCAAAUAGGCACUUUAAUAAAUGAGUUUGGAGGUGAGAGGAGAGGUCCAGACUCAAGAAUUUGAAAGUUGUCAGUAGUAUUUAAUGUGAUGAGACUAGAAGAAAUCACUAAAAAGCAGUUAGAGGAAAGAGUGAAUGAGGGACAGGUCUGAGGACUGAGCUCCGGGGGCUGUGACACGAAGAGGUCGAGGAGAAGCAAAGGAGACUGGAUAGGAUGGCCAGUGAGGCAGGAGAAAAAGUCAUAGGUAGUAAUACUUCCUAGAAGCCAAGUAGAGAAAGCAUUUCAAGAAGGAGGAAGUGAGCAAUUCUAUGAGAUGCUGCUGAAAGGUCAGGUAAGAUGAGGACUGAGAAAUAUCCAUUAAAUUCAGCAAUAUGACAAAAUCACUGAUAACUGAAAAGAGUCAUUUUGAUGAAGUGGUGAGUUUGAAAGCCUGAUUGGUUCAAGAGAAAGGAGGAGGAGAUAAGAUUUUCUUAUAAAUGGAAGCAAAGAAAUGAAGAUAGGUGAGGGGAAGUGCACCAUUCUAGACGUGGUCUGAUCCUUCAAAUACUGAGGAGGGAAAGUACGAUUUUCUCUUUGUCUUACAACACAUUGAUUCAAUAAAAUAGUUACUAAGGGCCUACUAUGUGAAUAAUUCCCAACUCUUCCAAGACUGGUAUAUACGUGCUCAGCUGAAAGGCACCUGGUGGGGGUGCAGGUAAUUGGCCAUCUGAAGUGUGUUGUCCUCUUGACCCUCUAAAUUCAUUCUGUCUCAAAAUAAGUUGGUAGCUAAAGGGCCUUGCCUCUUAACUGUAGCUUUACAAUGUGUGUUCUGCAUGAAAAUCGCCACACUCAUAUUUAGUUUAGGUUUAAAGUGCUUGUUUAAAAUAUCCAAUUAUUUUGCAUGAUUUAAGCCCCAAUUCUGAAUGAUUUUGCAAAAUGUGAACUUCUCAUAAUCUUUUGUGGAAAAUAGAAUCAGAACAGUAAGUAAAUGAAAGAUAUCUCUCCUUACUCUCCCUAAUUCUGAAUUUCCUCAUGAUAUUCAUUUCCAUUACCUGAUAUGCUAAAUGCCGUUAUCCAUUUUAUGAAUGUGUCCUAUUUCCCAAGCAAAUGAUUACUGGAACUAAACCUCUGAACAGGUUAAAAUAUUUUAUUAUGUACCUUUUGGAAUAAAAUGAUUAGACUGGUGAGGGUUAUAAAUUAGAUUGAGGGGAGUUAUAAAUUGGAUGUAAAUAAAACCCCAGAUGUUGUAUAUUUUAGAUACAUAGAAGUCUUGAUUAAAUGACCCUGAUACACUUCCCAGUUACUGUUAUACACAAUCUGAAUUUUCAUGUACCACAUCGCUUCCCCGCCCUUGUCUAGGCUGCCUGAUUCAGAUGGUGUGUGUGUGUGUGCGUGUGUGUAUAUAUUUGUAUUUAUUUAUAUUUUUGAUGGCUUUUCUGUCUAAAUAACUGGAAUUGUUAUAAACAAAAGCAUUUUUUUCAUUAAGGUGUAAUGCGCAUACCAUAAAAUUCGCUGUUUUGAAGUCCCCAAUUCAGUGAUUUUUAGUACACUCACAAGGUUGUGCCACCAGCAGCACCGUUACCUAGUUCCAGAACAUUCUCACCAUCCCAGAGCAUUAUCUUGACAGCUGAAUCUCAUGCCUGCGUCACUCAGCCUUCUCUCCCCUGUCAUAGAAUCCUCCCCGUCAGUCCCAAGUCAGGUUUCUCAGAAAACGGCGUGUGUCAGGGGAGACGUGAAACAAUUCUGAAAGCACGUGAGGCCCAUAAGCUAUGAUGAGUUGAUGACUGGGGUUGAAUGUGAUGGUUGUGGACAGACCUGUGAGCCAACUUGCUAUGGAUAGGAUGGGGCGAAAGUAGGUUUACAGUUGUAUGUGAAAUAGUUUAUUAUUGUAUUAGUAUUUAUUAAUUACUGUAUUAUUUUCCAUGAAACCAACCGUAAACCUACUUCUGCCCUACCCUGUUGUAUACACUAAGAACAAACUGCUUGAAUGUAAGGGUGUUAUGUACCAGAAAGUGGAAUAAUACAGUCACCUUUCUUUCAAAAAUUUGCAAAUAGUUCUUUCUUGGAAAGUAUAGAUAAACCAGUGAAUACACACCAUCCUCCGUGCCACCCACUACUUCACCCACUACUUCACUUCUGCCUCUGCAGUUUCAGGCUGUAGUUAAUGGCUUGAAAACUGAUUGGCUGCUUUUAAGUUAAAAAAAAAAAGCAUUUGAUUUAAAUCACAAACAGUAUACCAAUGUCAGAAAAAGAAUGGAGAAAAAAAGACCACUUGAAUUUGACUGCUUUUUCUUAGAGAGUUUUCCCCUUCAAAUGAGACCCAUUAAUUAUACUCCUUAAAUAGCAUUUCUAAAGUCUUAUGACAUGUAAUCUUUAAUACGAUACACAGAAUUUUUGUCAUUUUGAGGCAUGAGCAAAGGCUUUUGAUGUUUUAAACAUUUUAAAAAAUGUAGAUGAACAUAUUUCAUUCUUUAAUUCAUUUAUAAUAGAAAAUGUGUCAAGUUACCCUACCAAUGCAAAUGAAAGGAUUCACAACUCAAAUUUAGGAAUCUGCUUUACAAUUAAUUGAGAGAUCUCAAAACAUAUUAUCUGUUCAAGUUAAUAUUUAAUUUCUCAUUAGAAAAUCGUUUUAAGCUCUGAUCAUUACAUUGAAGAUUCAGGGACUUUGAGGUUUUGAUACCCACUGCUAACCUCUUGGACAGUAACUUAUUAAAUAAUUUCUACAUGAAUCUCGAUAGGCUUU